UCCGUUUUUAGAAUGUUCAAUCAAUCUCUGUCGAAGCAGGCCGAGCAGAUGAACUGACAAAACUGCACUAAAAAUCCAUAAAACACGUCAAACUCACGUCGGAGCUCCGCAGAAACCAACUUCAUAAAACAAAAUGGUUGCCUGUUUCAGUGAAGACAAAAACGUUAAAGUUCCAAAUUUCAGUGAUUUCCGCAAGUCGUUUCUCUACACUCCGUGCAACUGCCCCUUGGUGGAUUGCGAAUUCUCCGGGCAACAACGGAAGGUAUCCACCACACGAAAGUACCAAACAUCCCGUCGCAUCCGAAAACUUGCGAAGCCAAAAUGCCGUGGAGCCAAAUUCUACCAACGACCGGUAUCGCAGUACGGACGAACGAUUCAGAUGAUACGUGCCUAUCAGGAGCCUCACGCAUCGACCCGGAUUCAACAGUUGGCUCUGCCGAAAGUACGCAAACUGAUUGCUGCGCGCGAUGCGUAUCGCCGGUUUAUCAAUCGAUGUUGGUACGACAGGUUCGGGAAGCGCAUCAAACGGAGCAUGUUCACGGUUUACAGCCGGUUGGCAAAUGUCCAUCUUCCGUCGACAGAAUCUAAACUGAUUAAAAUGACUCCCGAACAAUGGAAACAGCAUCAACAAUGGUUAUCAAAAAAUGCACAACCAAAACCACUCAAGAAGCCUGAAACUAAAUCCCGCAAACGUAUGCCUCUUAUCCAGCUAUUAGACCGAGUGAUGGAUCUUUCCACGCCCCGUUGGAAGUGUAAUAAGUACGAUGGUCCAGCAAAAUUUAGGGCAGUGCUACCAGGUGCGCUAAAGGCAACUGCGAGCGAUCGUGUUAAAGCGCUUUGCCAACCAAAAGAACGACAUCGGCGAGCCAAAGGCCCCUAUAAGGAAGACUUGUCGAUUCCGAAGGGUGCGCUUGAAGCUGUUGCAACACAACGAGUGCUGGAUCUUGCGCAGCCGAAAAUCUAUCGGAAUGUGAAAAACGAGUACCGCGAGAACCCGUUCAUGGUGGACCCUCGAGCACUCAAGGCAAAAGCAAGCGACCGUAUACUGGAGUUGGCUAAACCGAAGAAGGUGAAAAAAUAGAACACCAUUUUUAUGAUUACUUGUUUAGCUUUAUUUCAUAAAACGAAUUCAACGGUAACAUCCUAGAAGAGAACAAUGGGAUUCGAUGGAAAUAAAUGGAUUUAGAUGAUUUGGUUAUUCGAAUGAUGA